AUGAAGCAGCACCUCCUUCUCCUUGUCGCCAGCCUCCCAUCCGCGCACGGCGCGCUCCUCUCCUCUCGCCGACCGCUCCCAUCCUCCUGCCGCGCCGCGGCAGCGCGUGCUCUUCUUGGGUUUGGCGAGGGCUCGUCGCCGCCGCAGACGGUCGACGAGGCGCGCCAGAAGUUUUUCGCGGCGUACGGGAAGCCGUACGUCGCGCCCGACGCGCAGGGCUUCGUCAACGAGCUGCUCGGCAGCUCUCAGAUGGCGAUCGUCUCGCCGUCGUUCCGGUACAACGCCGUCUUUGCGCUGGGCACCGAGGCGCUCUGCGAGACGUUCCUCGCGCAGCGGCCCGAGGCGGAGCGCGUCGCCAUUACUGACGCCAUCAUCACCGCCCUCGGCAUGAGCCCGCAGCAGCUCAAGAGCGACGCAGCGGCGCUCCGCGAGACGGCGAAGGCUGCCGGGACAGAGGAGGCGCUCCUCGGCUCGAAGCCGAUGCUCGAGAUCAAGGCGUACCCGAAGGUGCCGCCGCUCAAGUACUCGUACGCGUUCGGCGCCGGCAUGCUCACACUCAUGCCCCUCGUCGAAGUCAAGCCGAGCGACGACGCCAUCGACCGACCCUUCCGGCACGCCUGCAACCCGCUGUGA